AUGGACGAGAAAGAAGAGACCAACGAGCCCCUCGAUCUUGUGCGCCUCUGCAUUGAUGAGAUUGUCAUUGUCAAAUUGCGCGGCGACCGUGAACUAAAGGGCAGGCUUCAUGCUUACGAUUCCCACUGCAACCUUGUCCUCGGCGACGUCGAGGAAACGAUAUACAUUGCCGAGGAAGACGAUGACGACCAAGAACCCCGCGUGCGGACAGUCAAGAAGCAGAGUGAGAUGCUCUUUAUAAGAGGUGACUCGGUAGUCCUGAUUGCACCGGCAGAAGGAACAUCGCAAUGA